GUAAGAAGGGAAAAGUUGAACUGGGUAGUUUCACAGCGAGCAGAGAGGCAUUUGAGUCAGGGCACACAUGCCUCAGCUGUGAGAGGCCCUACUCCCCUAGGCUGGCUGGCAUCCCAGAGCAGAGGCAGAGAGAGAGAGUGAGAGACACACACAGAGUGUGAGACUGAGGGUGAAGAGAAAGUUUCAGUGUAAAAGUAGGUUAGGAAGAAGCAAACAAGUGGUUGAGAAAGUUGUCUGAGAGAGAAGAGAAAGGAUUAGAGUUGUGAGCAGCGUGGCUCCUGCAGGUUGUUUUUCACUAGUGUAUUUUUAUCUGUAGUGAGUGUGCAGACAGUUUGUAUUUAGAGUUGACAGCCAUGGCGGAUACAGGUGUCAAGAAGGAGCACGCAGCCCUAGAAGAAGUGCCUUAUGAUGACGAUGAGGUAGCCCUGGUGGGUGCUGCCACUGAGCCUGCAGUAGAUGAUGACGACCCUGCUGGGGAGGUGGACAUGCUGCUGACCACUGGCUCUGGAGGCAAGAGUGAAGCACAGAUGAACGGGGCCAUGGUUCUGUCUCUGCUAGACAAGAUCAUCGGGGUGGUAGACCAGAUCCAACACACCCAGAAUGGGCUCGAGGCCCGGCAGGAGGCUAUGGAGAAGUCAGUGUCAUCCAUUCAAGGGGAGCUGGCAAAGUUGUCCAAGAACCAUGUUGGCACGACCAACACUGUCAACAAAAUGCUGGAAAAGGUGCGCAAGGUCAGUGUCAACGUGAAGACGGUGCGCAGCAACCUGGAGAAGCAGGCAGGUCAGAUCAAGAAGCUGGAGAGCAACGAGAAUGAGCUGCUCAAGAGACGCAACUUCAAAGUCCUCAUCUACCAGGAUCAAGUAAAGCCACCAAAGACGUCCAAAACCGAGACAGUCGCUGAAGGUAAAGCUGUGGAGGGCCUUGAGCAGAUACCUGAGGAGGGACGAGAAGGACUCCCAGACAAUCUGAAUUCAGAUGAGGAGGUGGAAAUUGAAGAGAUAAUCGAGGAGUCUCGUACCAAGCGCCUCCAGCGCAGCACCAAGCAGCAAGUGGAUAACAUAAAGAAAGCCUUCUCCAAAGAGAAAAUGGAGAAAACCAAGCUAAAAACCAAGGAGAACUUGGAGAAGACAAAGCAGAGAACUCGUGAGAACCUGGAGAAGACAAGACAGAAAACCCGUGACAACCUGGAGAAAACCAAGCACAGCCUGGAGAAAAAGAUUGGCAAGCUCGGGACCCGCAUGACCCCAAACCAGGAGCGCAGGAUGAAAAUGAAGACCUCCAAAGACAAGGUUAAGAAGUCCCUUACUCCUGACCACACGGUCUAUGCUCGCUCCAAGACCACCGUGUACCGCGUGCCACCCUUUACCUUCCACGUUAAGAAGAUCCGAGAAGGGGAGGAGGAGGUGGUGCAGAACACAGAGCUGGAGGAUGUGACCGAGGCCGAGGGCCAGCCAGGAGGAGAGGAGAAUGGGCUGGGCAUGCAUGAGGAGGUGGAGGUGGAGGAAGGGGAGCUGGUUAGUGUAGACAGCCCUCUGUUAGAGGUGACUGAGGACUCUCAGCUGGUCAGUGUGGAGCCUGACUACCUAAAGAAGGCCCAAAGCGAAUAAAGCACUCCAGCUCUGCAGGGCUGUGAAGGAAGAGCUAAAAGGAAGAAGAGGGGGAACCGACCCUUGAUGAAUGAGUCACAAUCACAAAGACACAAUAUUAGUCACGGGAUUUUCUAGAUGUGAUCACAGUCUUUGACAAUCUCAAUGAUUUCUGAUUUCUUUUUACUGUACCCAACAGGGAUGACUUUCAUAUUUUCUCAUCUUUAGCACACAAAUAAGAAAAGCAAAACUAAAAGUUAGCUUUUGAAACAUGCUGCAGGCUGACUGGUUAUUUUAGACCUGUAUUCUUAUUGUAUUUGCUGUUUGUUGCUGGUUUGAUAAAUUGAAUGACUAUGUGAUUUAAAAAAAAAAGGUAUAAAUGGUCAUUGCUAUUGAGAUGUAAUGUGUAAUAUAACAUUUGCCAUGUAUGAUAUGCACAUUUAAGAGGUAUGGUAACAGGAAGUUGUUGGUGGGAUUUUUGUUUAAAUGGAUGGUUUCAGUGAUGUAAUGUGCACAUGCAAAACAUAAAAUAGUAAGCAAGGUUUAGGCCUACAGAAGAAAAGUGAGGAGGAACAGUUUUCCUCCACUUAAGAGUUUACAAAAACAUUAUCCCCAACACGCAAAAAAUAUUAGGACAUAAAUCUUCCAGUCACUCAGGCAUUGUGCCAAAUGCUACUUUAUAAUGUUUUUCAAUGUGAAUUAUAAAUUUAAGUCACUGAAAAUAGGACAUAAUGCCCGAUCAGUUAUAUUAGGGAGAUUAAAAUACUGACAAAUUGUACUUUCAAAAUAUUUAAAUACUCACAGAUAGCAUUACACUUACUCCUAUGAACUUGUGAUAAUACUUUUAAGAUCUACUGUUUUUCCUUUUCAAAAGCAAGUUAAUAUUUUGCUUUGAUUAAAAAAUAUAUAUAUUAUGUGUGGAAAUAUUGUCUAUUCUGGGUUCUUAAUUGGUCCCUCAUUUAAAAUUUCAGCUAUAUUAUAAUUAAAUACUCAGAGCUGGUAUCAGUGAAAUUUAGAAUGUAACCUUUUCUGCGGUGUAUCUUUACAAUGCAUGCUUAAAAAACACGGUUUGAUCAUCAUUUACUGCAAUGUUUUGAUAUAUAUUCACCGUGCUAUAUUUAUUGCAUGUGGACAUGCUGUGCUCUUCCACAGCUUUCACAGAGCACAACACGCACAGAGGAGAAAAAGAAUUACUGUUAUUCGGGUCAGAGCUUAUCACAGUACAUUUGCACAUCCCUAUUAUAUUUUCUCAAGGUAAACGCAGGCAGAGAAAUCAUGAUCUGAAGAUAAAAAUGACAGUUUAAUUACUGACUAUAUAAUAGCUGGAGAGUCAAGUAUCCUAAGAGUGAGACAGCACACGGCCAAGUCUUACGAAUGGCAUGGCACUUUAAUAAAUGUCAGAGCAUAGGAUCAGCGUGGUCUAGUCCACAACGUUUUAGCAGAAACCAUUCGCGUGUACUUCCUUUGAAUUAUAAGAGCAAUGUCCACACUGAAGCUCUCUGAUCAUAAUUCAUAAAUCGUUGUAACUAUAUAGAAGACAAUGAUGCAGGAUUAGAGGAAGCUAUGACAAUUGGAUUGUACUUAUCUGAGCCUGAUGUCAACUGGCAAUGGUAAUGUUAAAUCAUUGCCGCUUUUGAUCAUGUAAGACAAGCACACAGAGCUCCAGACAGGAAGACGGUAUGGCUUUCAUUUUCCUCCCUGGACACUGUGUGUGAUCUUGAUGUGGUGUAGGCAUGCAGAAGCCCACAGUGUAGCACAGAGCACCAUUAAAAUAAUCAAUGGGCUGGGGAAUGCAAUUAAAGAGAGUGCUCCCUCUGAGGACCGAGCAAGGUAAAGAACAGCGAGGAGGACAGAGAAUAAGGAUGUGUCUGUAUGUCAGUGUGUGUGUGUGUGUGUGUGUGACUUGUCUGUCUGUCUGUCUGUCUGUCAGUGUG